UGGUUUUGCAAUCUUCCUCGCCGUUUGGUGCCGAGUCAUUGACUCAUCAACUCGCCCGAGUUGACUGGCUCAAAUGGCCUCCUCGUCUCGGGCAAGGAGCAGCUCCCCAUUCUCGUAUCGCAAGCCUUCCAGUCCUUACUCCUCGACUUCCUCCUCCUCCUCGCUCUCCAAUCCGCGGCUCCUGCCUCGCUCCUGCUCCUCCUCCGCGACGUCGUAUUGCAACCCGGGCAGCGGAUUCGGCUCGCGGUCGAUGACGCCGAGUCGCUCUCAGUCCGAUUCGAUGUACUGCGGCGGCCCUCGUGCGUGUGAUAAUCGCUCUCCGGUGGGGUUCCCUUCCGACGAGCUAAUGGGCGAGCCUCUGGAUGCGCCGCGCUCGGCAGAUAGCAUUUCGGUGACCAUUCGGUUUAGACCGUUGAGCGAGAGAGAGUAUCAGAGAGGAGAUGAGAUAGCGUGGUUUGCCGAUGGGGAUAAGAUUGUCAGGAAUGAGUACAAUCCAGCUGCUUCCUAUGCAUUUGAUAAAGUUUUUGGGCCGCAUACUACAUCACUGGAGGUAUAUGAAGUGGCCGCAAAGCCAGUGGUCAAGGCUGCGAUGGAAGGUGUUAAUGGAACUGUAUUUGCAUAUGGUGUUACCAGUAGUGGGAAGACACACACUAUGCAUGGUGAUCAAAAUUCUCCUGGUGUCAUACCGCUGGCUAUCAAGGAUGUUUUUAGCAUGAUCCAAGAUACUCCGGGCAGAGAGUUUUUGCUCCGUGUAUCAUAUCUUGAAAUCUAUAACGAGGUGAUCAAUGACUUGCUUGAUCCAACCGGUCAAAAUCUGCGUGUUAGGGAAGAUGCACAGGGAACUUACGUUGAGGGAAUAAAAGAAGAAGUUGUAUUGUCUCCUGGGCAUGCUUUGUCAUUCAUUGCUGCUGGGGAAGAGCAUCGUCAUGUGGGAUCCAAUAACUUCAAUCUCUUGAGCAGCCGAAGUCACACCAUUUUUACUCUGAUGAUUGAGAGUAGUGCCGAUGGUGAUGAAUAUGAUGGAGUGAUCUUCUCUCAGUUGAAUUUGAUUGACCUGGCUGGAUCUGAAAGCUCCAAGACUGAAACAACUGGACUGCGGAGAAAGGAAGGAUCUUACAUAAAUAAAAGUCUUCUUACUCUUGGAACUGUGAUCGGCAAACUGAGUGAAGGGAAAGCUUCUCAUGUUCCAUAUCGAGAUUCUAAACUCACUCGCCUUCUCCAGUCUUCAUUGAGUGGGCAUGGACAUGUGUCGCUUAUAUGUACUGUUACUCCAGCAUCUAGUAACAUGGAGGAAACCCAUAACACAUUGAAAUUUGCAAGUCGGGCAAAAAGAGUGGAGAUAUAUGCCUCACGGAAUAAGAUUAUUGAUGAAAAAUCUUUGAUUAAGAAGUAUCAGCGAGAAAUUUCUGUUCUGAAGGAAGAACUUGAUCAAUUGAGGAGGGGGAUGCUAGUGGGUGUGAGCCAUGAGGAGAUCUUGAGCUUGAAGCAGCAGUUAGAGGAAGGCCAAGUGAAAAUGCAGUCGAGAUUGGAGGAGGAGGAAGAAGCCAAGGCUGCUCUCAUGAGUAGAAUUCAGAAAUUGACAAAGCUCAUUCUUGUCUCUUCCAAAAAUACAAUUCCAGUAUGUUUGGGCAAUAUCCCUAAUCCCCAUAAGAGCCAUUCUAUUGGUGAAGAUGAGAAAUCAGAUGGGUUGCGAGAUUGUUCUCCGCUUAGUGAUGGAGAGAAUCAGAAGGAGCUGCAAUGUUCUUCAUCUGUUACUAUGUCAGAUCCACCUUGUGAUCCCACUCAUAAAAGAUCUUGUAGCAAAUGGAGUGAUGAAUUCUCACCUGCUGGCAGUGCAGUUACAGAAAUAACUCAGGCUGGCGAACUAAUAAGUGCAAACAAAUUGACAAUGGGUGGGAUGUCAAUGUCAGAUCAGAUGGAUCUGCUAGUUGAGCAAGUAAAGAUGCUUGCUGGGGAGAUUGCGUUCAGCACGAGUACUCUGAAGCGCUUGGUAGACCAGUCUGUGGAUGACCCUGAGAGUUCCAAAGCUCAGAUUGAUAAUUUGGAACGUGAGAUUCAAGAUAAGAGGAGGCAGAUGAGUGCGCUAGAACAGCGCAUUAUUGAAAGUGGCGAAGCUUCUAUCGCUAAUGCAUCCCUAGUUGAAAUGCAGCAGACUGUCAUGAGAUUGAUGGCGCAAUGCAAUGAGAAAGGCUUUGAGUUGGAGAUAAAAUCAGCAGACAAUCGGAUCUUGCAGGAACAGUUGCAGAAUAAAUGUGUAGAGAACAGGGAACUACGGGAAAGAGUGAACAUGUUGGAGCAGCAAAUGACUUCAAUUAACAGUGAUAAGUCUAUUAAGACAUCAGUUGCUUCUUAUAGUAAUAGCAACGAGCUGAAAAGGAAAAUUCAAACUCAGGAGAUUGAGAAUGAGAAAUUGAAGCUCGAACACGUCCAGCUUUCAGAAGAAAACAGUGGUUUGUGUGUCCAAAAUCAGAAACUGGCAGAGGAAGCUUCAUAUGCAAAAGAGCUUGCAUCUGCUGCUGCUGUGGAGCUGAAGAAUUUGGCUGGGGAAGUUACUAAGCUUUCCCUGCAGAACUCAAAGCUAGAAAAAGAACUCUUGGCUGCGCGAGAAUUGGCACAAUCUAGAGCUAAUGGUUUAAACCGCAAGUUCGGUGAUGGUGUAAGGGCGGCUAGGAAAGGGCGUCUAUCUGGUCGUUCCCAUGACAUGGGAUCUGCCUCUGAUGAGUUUGAUGCCUGGAGUUUUGACCCAGAUGAUUUGAAAAUGGAACUACAGGCGAGAAAGCAACGUGAAGCAGCUCUUGAAGCUGCAUUGGCCGAAAAGGAGUUUCUAGAAGAUGAUUACAGGAAAAAAGUUGACGAGGCAAAGAAGAGGGAGGAAGCUUUAGAAAAUGACUUGGCCAAUAUGUGGGUCCUUGUUGCUAAAUUGAAGAAGGACGGGGGAGGCAUAACUGAGCUGAACUCGGAUGACAGAUCUUCCGAAGCAAACAACAUUGAUGAAUUGAAGCCUACUGACAGUGAUAGCAAUGGUGUCCUAAAAGAUAGGCAAAUUCCUGAUGUCUCAAAACCAACUGAGGAACUUGUCAAGGAGGAACCUCUUGUUGUUCGCUUGAAGGCACGAAUGCAAGAAAUGAGAGAAAAGGAACUCAAAUCCGCUGGGAAUGGAGAUGGAAACUCGCAUAUGUGUAAAGUUUGUUUUGAAUCGCCAACUGCAGCUAUCCUUCUACCCUGCAGGCAUUUUUGUUUGUGUAAAUCCUGUUCUCUAGCUUGUUCUGAGUGUCCUAUUUGUCGCACAAAAAUUGGAGAUAGGCUAUUCGCAUUUACUUCUUGACUCUGCCGUUUAUUUCCCUCCUAAAGGGUUUUGUUACUAUUGGUAGCUAUUUUGCUUCCAAUGGCGGGUGCAUUCUUUUAUUACUUUCUGCUGUACCUAGCUCCUGCGAUGAUAUAUCAGCCGUUUCUUUUCUGUAACUUUCCCAAAGAGAUGUAAAAUAAAAAGGGAAAAGUUCAGAAAAAAGAAGCGAAACAUGUCAAGAGGACUAUUCAAUUUGGAGUUUCCGGGGCAAGAUGUUGCUCCGUCAUUGAACACGUAGCAGAAUGUUGCGACAUGUUCGAAGUUCUGAAACUUCUGUGGAGUUGGGUUACAAUAUACAAAUGGUGUAAGCCUCUGUAAAAAAAAUUCCACCCUUCCAAGUGUAAUUUCUAUUCUGAAAACAAAGAGGCUACUGGUGCUCUGAUUAUCUGCAAA